GGGGGGAGACAGGGAGACACGGAGACACGGGGGCAGACUGGGGGCUCGGGCCGGCAAGAGUCGCCAUGUUCGUGGCGAGGAGGCCGCUGCAGGCGGCGUCAGCCCCAGCAGUGGCCGGUUCCGGAGACAAGGGCCCGGAGUCCGGCCCCCCACGCCACCGCGGAGAUCCGGUCACGCCUGUGGAGUUACCGCCACUGAGGAGCCAGCCGCAGGGCGGCACGUCGAGGCCCGGCGCGGGCGAUCCGCUGCUCUCGGCGCACUCCCAGCUGCAGGUGCAGCAGCUGUAUGUCGACAGUCCCGGCGUCGGCGCCCGGCGGCCGGUGCUCGCGUCGCAGCCCAACGGCGCACCGCUGGCCGGCAAGGCCCACGCGCUGCCGGCCGUGCGCGCAGCCGAUAAGACGCUCGGCGCCGGCGCCAGCCCAGCCUCCACCAAGUCCGGCGACCGCACCAAUCACGCCUCGUGCUCCGCGUCCCCCAACAACAACAAUGGCGGCAAGCAGCGGAGCCAGCCGGCGUCUCCCGAGCAGGCGGUGCGGCUGUAUGGGCAGAAGCUUACGGCGUACGAGCACCAGGAGAUUUACAACUACGCGGAGAUAUAUUUCGUGGGGCACAAUGCGAAGAAGCGGCCGGGGGUCGUGGGCGGAGCGAGCAACUGCGGCUACGACGACGAGCAGGGCUCGUACGUGCACGUCGCGCACGACCACGUCGCCUACCGCUACGAGGUGCUCAAGGUCAUCGGCAAGGGCAGCUUCGGGCAGGUGGUGAAGGCCUUUGACCACAAGACCCAGACGCAUGUGGCGCUCAAGAUGGUGCGCAACGAGAAACGCUUUCACCGGCAGGCGGCGGAGGAGAUCCGCAUCCUGGAGCACCUGCGCAAGCAGGACCGGGAGAACAGCAUGAACAUCAUCCACCUGCUGGAGAGCUUCACUUUCCGCGGGCAUGUCUGCAUGACCUUCGAGUUGCUCAGCAUGAAUCUUUACGAGCUCAUCAAGAAGAACAAGUUCCAGGGGUUUAGUUUGGCGUUGGUGCGGAAGUUUGCGCACUCGAUCCUGCAGUGUCUGGACACGCUGCACCGGAACCGCAUCAUUCACUGCGACCUGAAGCCAGAGAAUAUUCUCCUGAAGCAGCCCGGGCGCAGCGGCAUCAAGGUGAUAGAUUUUGGCUCGAGCUGCUUCGAGCACCAGCGGGUCUACACGUACAUCCAGUCACGCUUCUACCGCGCGCCGGAGGUGGUGCUGGGCGCCCGCUACGGCCCGCCCAUCGACAUGUGGAGCCUGGGCUGCAUCCUGGCGGAGUUGCUCACGGGCAGCCCGCUGCUGCCGGGCGAGGACGAGGGCGACCAGCUGGCCUGCGCCAUGGAGCUGCUGGGCAUGCCGCCGCAGCGCUUGCUCGCCCAGGGCAAGCGCUCGCGCAACUUUGUGAGCUCGCGCGGCCACCCGCGCUACUGCGGCGUGACCGAGGCGCCCGACGGCGCCGUGGUGCUCAACGCGGGGCGCUCGCGCCGCGGGAAGCCGCGCGGGCCGCCGGCAAGUCGCGAGCUGCCGGCGGCGCUGCGCGGUUGCGACGACCCCCUGCUGCUGGACUUCCUGCGCGGGUGCCUCGAGUGGGAGCCCUCGGAGCGCCUCACGCCCGCCCAGGCGCUGCGCCACCCGUGGCUCCGGCGCCGCCUGCCGAGGCCCCCCCCGCAGUCGGGGGCCGGGGGCGGCGGCGGAGGGGCGGGCGCCGGCACCGCGGCGGCCGGGGGGGACGGGGGCCGCCGCGGAGGCCGCUCGGACCCGCUGGCCAAGCUGCCGCCGGCGCCGCACGCCGGUUCGUCGGGGAAGCACCGGACUCGCGCUACGGCGUCCGCCAACAACCACCAGCAGCAGCAGCAGCAGCAGCAGCACGAGCACAGCCCCGCGGGGCCCCCGAGAACCGUGUUCCCCAAGAUCCUGGGCUGACGUCUCGGACGCGAGAAGACAUUACAGCUGCACAAAACUUGAAUUUUUACAAAGUUUGUUUUUUAAUCUUAAGAACGCUACCAGGGUCCAGGCUUUUGCAGUACACGUUUUUACGCGAAAUUUUUUUCACGAUUCUUUGUAAUGAAAAAAAUAUUUUACAAUACUAUUGCUAAAGUGAAGGACUUUUUGGUUUUUAAGCAAUUUUUUUACCUAAGCUGUACCUUUCAGAUCAAAAUAUAACAGUGGUGUCCAAAAUCAGCAAAAUUAAAAACACUUAGUGCAUCUUUGUUGUUGCGUAGGUGCCGUUCCGAAAUGGCUUGAUGAGUCCCACUGCAGCAGUGGCAGCAUGAGCAGCCGCCGCUUUAUAUGAAGAGCAGGAAGAGAGAGGGUGUCUGCAAACACGCGCGCACUCUGAUGCCUCGUCCGCGUGUGAUCCCGGGGGGUGACUCGCGCUGUUUGAUGACUACACUGAUCAGGCGCAGUAGUGACACGUGCGCCUCGCAGCAAGAAGCGCCUGGGUUCAAGUCCUAGCUUGGCGCCUGUCUGUGGAGUUUGUCAUCUCUUCCCCCUGUUCUGCGCGGGGUUCCUCCCAUAGCAAAAAAACGUGACAAAUGUAACUGGUAUUGCAAAUUACUCAAUUAGAAUUACGCGCAGCAGAAACAUCGCCCCCCUACUAUGAAAACUUGGUAGAACCCUUUUCUUUUAAAAUGAUUGAGACUCAGUGAGGCUUUUCUAGGUAAGCAAGCAAAAUAAUGAACACUAAAAGACGUAUCAAUUCAGCGUCAUAUUUAAGCAUCUGGGAAAACCUUUAGUUUGCCUCUGAUAUAAUCAGCCAUUGCUGUCCAAUGUGUGACUUGUGACAGCGGCGGCGGUGGCGGUGGCGUUGUGGUUUGCUGAUGAAUAGCAGUGAGGAUACCCUUGCCCUUCUCAAUGAAGCACGACACAGUCUAUGGACCAUGUCCUCGAUCACAGCCCAGCUCAGGCUUGAGCCGCUCAGAUGAUUUCAAUGACGCGUGAGUGAACAGUCGUGGUUCGGCUCGGAUCAUGCGAAUAUCUCGUACACGGCUGUGACCAUUGCCCAGAGCCAGCUCAGGUUAAGCAUGGUGACUGAUCUAUGGCUCACUUGUGCCACAGCCAAGCCUGAGCCAAGCUGUGACUACAGGCCAAUGUCUCCCCAAUGAAUUCCAGCAGUAACUCGGGUCUUCAAGCUGUUGAGGAAAUGUGUGACUUUUCUUAAACGUGUCUCGUGUUUUAUAUUUGGUUUUUGCACCAUGGUUCAUUUUAUAACUGACGAUGCAGCGUGUGUACGUGACUCAAGAGUUGCACUGGUUCGACUACAGCAGAGCUCGCCAGCAGUACAGUGCUUGUUAAGAUGUCAGUGCCGUCGUGCCUUACCGAACAUCGUUGCGACGACGAUUCACUGGUGACCAGAAUCUCUCUAUGGACACACUUAUAAAAAUAACUGUGGGUGACUUGGCUAGAGUGGUUUUUUUAAACAAAGUUAUCACGUGAAACAUCCUAUUUUUAUACUUUGCCCAACUGUUCGUACAGUCGCAGGAUGAUCGCGUACUAAUUUAAUGUUAGCCGUGGUAUUUGUCGUACCAAAGUGACGUUUGUAAGUGGUGCGUACGCAUGACAGUGUUGUGUGAAUCCAUUUCAAGGCACUUGGAUUUGAGGAGUUAAACUGAUGAAAUGUGAACGAAUAAGAUGCUGAUGGAGGUAGAUGCCAGUCGGGUCAACGUUACACCGCGUACCCAUCGUGGCACGUUGCCGGCAGGAGAACCAAAAACACAUUUCUGAUCGCUCUUAAUGUGCAGACCGUGUAUCUGUAACGUGUCUCGUAGAUGCUAGCUGACACUAACGUUGCUGUGGACAAAAGCUAAAUAAAAUAUAAAUGCAACUUUGGUA